AUGUUCCUAAACUAUUUGGGACUACACUUGGAAAAUCUGCGAGCCGAAUCAGGAAGCUGGUCUUCGGGAGUGUUGCCGAAAGGCGAAGAUGAAACACUCCCGGAAACCCCGGGAGCAACCGACAUGAGUUAUCAGGAAGAUACUGAAAAAGAGGGUCCGAUCCCGACGAUUUUAGCUUUAAUCCCGGUGAGGAAGAAGAUAAAGCAGAGGAUGAUAACCCGCUGGAGCAGGCUGUAUAAGAAAGUCCACACACGGACAAGAGGCAGAAAGGAGUGA